UCCGCCGUCCGUCUCAUUAUGGAGCUGUGCUCGGAAGGAGUAGCUACCAUGAUAUUUACACUUCUUUUAAUUUAUUACACGUCUUUAACGGCCGGUUUUGAGAUAAAGUCUAUUUUUUGUUCAAUAUCUGACAGCUGCGAUUGUGACUUCAAACCAGACAUUAAAGGUUUAGAGUGGGACCUAUAUAAAAACCUUUACGGUCAACAUAUGGCCCAGGACAUUGUCUCGGAAGCAGUGGUGAGCUGUUUACAGAAUGAAAACCCGGACAGACCACUGGUUCUGUCCUUUCACGGAGCAUCUGGGACAGGGAAGAGUCUGGUCAGCUCUAUGAUUGGUCGACAUAUCUAUGGAACGGCUAUGGGCAGUCCAUACAUCCAUCAGUAUGUUCCCACAUUACACUUUCCUUCAGCUGACCGGAUCCAACAAUACAGGUCAGAUCUAAAGCAGUGGGUGGAGAGAAACCUCACAGCUUGCGCUCGCUCCAUUUUUAUCUUCGAUGAGAUGGAGAAGAUGCCUCCUGGUGUGAUUGACGUUUUAGAACCGCAUUUAGGUCCCUUUCAUGUACUUUUUCAGACAAACUACCGCAAGGCGAUUUAUAUCUUCAUAAGCACUGUUGGUCAGGAAAUUAUUAACAAAUUUACGCUGGAAAGCCAACAAGCUGGAAGAGAUCGAGAGGAAAUUCGUCCAGAGGAGCUGGAGGUUUUAGCUGAUGCUGUGUACAACACCAGGAACGGUGGGUUCUACCAAUCCAGAAUAAUUACAGAGAAACUCAUUACUCGUUUCGUGCCUUUUCUUCCGUUGCGGCGACGCCACGUCGAGCGCUGCGCCCAGCGAGAGCUCUGCCAGCGUGGGGAGUGUCAUCGUGCAGACGUGGUAUCGUCAGUAGGGGGCGCCAUGAAUUACAUGCCACAGGACAGCCCAUACUUCUCCAGCACAGGCUGCAAAUUAGUGCCAGCUAAAGUGAACCUGUUUCUUUGAGGACCCGACGGAAUAAGAAAAUACGAUUUUAAAAACAAGCAUCGUACGAAAGCCUUUUUGGUAAUUGCUACAGAGACAAGACGACCGGAAUUGUGUAUUUUGGUCUAUUCUGUCCGUUGUAUGUCAUGUGGGUGAGUUUUGAUGAAGAGAAAUUAACAAAAUUUCGAAAAAUUACUUUUCCUCUGGUUAUUAAUGACGCAAAAAGCUGAUCUCACAUCUCCAAGCUACUCAAACAUACUCCAAACAUACUCAGGCAAAACAUUGACUUUUUACUGUUGUGUGAGUGUGCUGUUUUGUAAUUAUUUUAAUAGAGGAUAUUUGUCAAAUAAUGAAACUGGGGAUAUUUGUUAAACAAGUACUGUAUUUCACAUGCCAGCCACAGGGUGGCAGCAGUGCCUACUCUGCAGAAAGGGUUUUGUUUCUCUUUAUUUUUUUUUUUUUUUAUUAUAUUUGUGUUCGUUAUUAUUAACAGCUUUUUCUUUUACCAUUUAAAGUUCAACCUACGACCUCACAAAGUGAAAUAUAUCUGCUUUUUAUGAGGUACAAAAUCAAGCUAAUCAUUCUUUUGUCUGAAAAGCUGUCCAUAUAUAAUUUAAAAUAACUGAAAUUGUUUAAAUUAAUUUGUUUUUUAUUUAAAAAAAUCCCUUCGCCGCCCUAUUCAUUUAAUUGAAGUCACUAAAGGAAACAUAAUUUGCAAACUGAAUUAAAUGCAAAUUUCUGCAAACCAUAGGAUUAAUUCAAGCAAAGUCAUCAGAUUUUAUAAAGUUAGUCAUUUUGUGGUCAUUGGUUUGAUCAUAAAGUACAAUAACAUUAAGGGAAUAUGACUCAUAUCCAAUUACAGUGUUAUUAUUGUUUACAUUUUA